GGGAUGCCAGUGUGGAGCACCUGAAAAUCCGUCAUCUGCGCGGGGCUCUAGCCGACUGUAUAACCAGCUACACGCAUUAUAGUGCGAAACGGGAGAUAAGUGUUUUUCAUUUGUACAGAUGGGUUGGGGGCUACAGUAGGGAGUGAGACCGCGCACGCCUUCAUCUCAUGACCGUUUUCUUCACUAAACUCGUGGAGAAAUAUCUUGAACUGGAUAACCCGUUACUAUAGGUUUUUUCCCCCGGAGAAAACGCUUACCCACAUCCGUGUUCCUAGGACGUUGUGCUAUGGAAUAGUCAAUAAUGAUUGCUUGAAUUUUUGAACGUUUAUUGUAACCAACUCUUUUUCUAGUUCUGUUUCCUCCUCCCGUUUCCACGGCCUGUUUCAGUACUCGCUAUGGUGGACUCAAAUGCAACGAGGAAGACGUUUGUUGUCCCAGAAAUAAAGCCAUUGGAUUUGUACGAUUUUACUAGGGCAAAAAUAUGCGCAAGUGUCGGUUGGCUGUUGGCUAAAUCAUACGGCAAUGCAGAGAAUGUACCGGUGGAGUUGCGGCAGCCGUUCUACAGUGACCAGUACGAGCAGGAGCACCUCAAGCCCCCCGUCACCCGCCUGCUGCUGUCCUCCGAGCUCUACUGUCGCACCUACGGCCUUCUGCAGGGGGGGCCGGGGUCCGCGGAGGCGCAGACGCCCCCCAAAGACAACGCCACCCUCCUCCAGCUCCUCGCCAAAAGGGGCGUGGCUCCCAAAGACCAGGACUCCCCAGUGACGGAAGCGGACCUACGGCACAAGCCCAUCAAAAUGAGUGCCCACUUGGCAGUGAUGGAUGCCCUGAUGGCAGUGGGCGCCAUGGAGACGGUGAGCGCUGUGAAGACGUGCGGCGCUGCGGAGUUGCUGGGGGGAGGAGCCAGCUGGGAAGCAGCCCUGCUCCACUGGGUUAACGAGCUGAACCAGAAUCUGAAGAAGCGAGCGGAGGGGCAGAGCGACUCGUCUCAGAGCUGCACCGAGCCCCAGCCUGUCCAGGCCUCAUGUCCCACUCGCUGGUACUGGAAGCUAGUUCCUAUCCGCUACAGAAAAGAUAAGAUGCAGUCCAAGCAGAAGCCCACGUUCCCUGUGGUGAACGACAUAACAGACCUGUCCAAUGGCUGUGCCAUUGCUGCCGUCAUCCACUACUACUGCCCUGGCCUGCUGCGACUGGAGGAUGUGUGUAUGAAGGAGUCCAUGUCGGUGGACGACAGCCUGUACAACCUGCAGUUAAUCAGCGAGUUCUGUGACAGCUGUCUGAAGAGCUGCUGCCCCCUGGUGUUGGAGGACAUGCUCUACGCCCCUCAACAGUUGCGGGUCAACAUGAUGAGCUUCCUGGCAGAGCUAAUUGGCUGGUUCGAGGUACGAAGGCCAGAGUUUGUUCAGCCUGUAGACGUGACGGAUGCUUCUGCACCACUGACACCAACCAGCAGUAACAGCGGCUCUCCCUCCAUCUUCAAAAAGCCAUUCCUCCCCAUCUCCUCCCCAGUGUCACCAGGGGGCGUGUCAGGAUCUCUGACUCAGUCUACCUCAAUGUCCCAUAUAGAAGGAACUGGAAGAAGUUGGACUAGGAAGCCUCUCAGUCGCCCGCUGUCGGCUGUGUCCUUCAGCAUUCCCUUCGGCCUGGACAGCGACGUGGACGUUGUCAUGGGCAACCCCGUGAGCGCCAUUACCCGCUCGGUCAGCUCCGACAAUCUCACCCCGCCCGGCCCCACCAUGACCCGCGUGCCCUACACGCCCCCGGAGGACCUCAGCCACCUGCUCAGCAAGGCCCCUCGGGCCAACGGCCCCCUGCCCCCCCAGAGGGCCUCGUGGGCCACCCAGAACCCGGGCGUGCCCCUGGUCCUGGAGGAGAACGGCCUGGCGGAGAGCGAGACCGGCGAGCUGCCCACCAUCGAGGAGGCUCUCCAGAUCAUCCACAACGAGAGCAAGAUGGAGCCGCGCCUCCACCCCGACGGCGCCCCCGACGGCUUCUACCUGCACUCCCCCGACGACAGGCACAACGGGAGCCCCGCCCCCCUCAGCUGCUCCGCCCCCUCGCGCUCCGGCAUGCUGUACCGCCCCACGGGGGAGGCGCGCGAGCCCGGCCGCACCCGGCACGCCUCGGAGUGCUCGCGAGACGACGACUCGGUCCUCCGGGACGGCAGCGUGGACUCGGACGCCUCGGAGGACCUCCCCAAGGCCCAGUCCACCCCCGCCACGCCCGCCGCCGGCUCCUCCAGAGGGCGGGGCGAGGAGCCGCCCGACAGCGGCGUGAAGAUGACCAGCUUUGCCGAGCGCAGGAAGAAGCAGGCCGCGGAGUCCCCCAAGGCCGGCGAAGCCCCCGGCCCCCAGCCCACGUCCUGGGGCCAGAAGUCCGAGGAGAGCCCCGGCCAGAGCCCGGCGCUCACCUCGGAGAUGUCCGAGCUGGGCGCCAGGCUGGAGGAGAAACGCAAGGCCAUCGAGGCUCAGAAGAAGCGCAUCGAGGCCAUCUUCGCCAAGCACCGCCAGAGGCUGGGCAAGAGCGCCUUCCUGCAGCUGAAGAAGGAGCAGCGGGACGGGGAGGGCGAGGGGGAGGAGGACGCGGAGAGCCAGGUCGGCGCUUCCUCCGCGGAGGAGGAGCUGAGCCGCCUGACCCUGGAGGAGAGGCUGGCGCGCAUGGAGGAGGAAGAGGAGGAGGAGAAACGGCCCCCCCCGGUGGAGGAGGUUGGCAAGGUCAAACCGGGGCCACGCCACGACAGGCCGGUCCCCCUCUCCAAGGACAAGGCGCUCGCGCCAGGAGAGAAGGGGGCGGGGACCCCCGGGGGGGAGAAGGGGGCGGCGCCGCUCGGGGACUACAACAACGCCGUGUCCAAGCUGAACGCGGCGCUCAGCUCCCUGCAGAGCGACAUGCAGCGCCUCUCAGAGCAGCAGAACCAGCUCAUCAAGAAGAAGGCCGCCUCCACCAACAAGUCCUGGGUGAUCCCUCCCAGCCCCAAGACGUCCGCCCCCGCCGCCGCCCCCUCGGCGAGGAUGUCCCGCGAGUCCUCCCGCGACCUCAACUCCGCCUCGUCCUCCCCCUCGCCGUCCCGGAAGCUCCUCGGCCACGCCGCUCCCAAGUCUCCCCACGUGGUCCCCCGCAGGGCCCAGUCGGUGCCGCCCAAGAGCCCCAAGCACCACCACCAAUACCCCCGGCCCCUGGACGCCAAAGUACCUGCCGUGUCCCGGGUCCUCACCCCCCACCACCAGAACGUGGACAGCCUCCCCCACCUGCGGCGCGUCUCCCCCUGGCAGUCCCAGGUGCAGACGUCCUCCUCCUUCACCAUCUCUCACUCGGCCGGGCAGAACGAGCCGCCGCCCCUCCCGGCCGGGGCCGCCCCGCCCCCCGCCCCGACCCCCUUUGCCCGGGCCUCCGACGACAACCUGUCGGACGCCGGCUCCAACGACGACCACAGCAUCUUCAGCAUGGACCUGGACGCGGGGCCCUUGCAGGCGCUGGCCGGUAGGCCCCGCCCCGGGGGCGGGGGAUGCAGCUCCGGGGCGCCGUACGAGUGCUCAUUCGAGAGCGACGUUCCGGCGGCGGCGGUGAACGGCAAGCGCGGCAGCCUGAUUGAGAUCUCCCUGUCGGCCCUGCGGGGGGACGGCGAGGACGACGACCAGGGGCCAGACAUGUUCUCCGACUCCAUGAGUGACAUGACCGAGCCGGAGAACAAGGGAGGGGUCGGCUUCUUCUUCAAGCAGGACGACAAGGUUCGGCCGGAGGACGAGAUGGCCCAGCGACGAGCAGCCUUGCUGGAGAAGCAGCAGAAGCGAGCGGAGGAGAUGAAGAGACGCAAGCAGGAGCAGGAGAAGGAGAGAGAGGCCAACAGGCCUCAGUGGAUGACCAUCGAGGGCUGGGGGGACAAGGGCGAGGAGCGACCGCGCACCCCGGGGACCCCGCCGCCUCCCCGCACCCCCUCGGCUGAGGGCACUCCCCAGCGGCGGGGAGACUUCACCAAGCAGGAGUACGAGCGGCGGCAGCAGCUGAAGAUCAUGGAGGACCUGGGCAAGGUCCUGCGUCAGAAGCCCACCACCGUGCGGGAUCUGAAGAAGCAGAGGCCCAAGACGGUGUUCCACGAUGACUCGGUCCUAUCCCGAAGCCCCGCCAAGGGCUUUAUGGGCUCAAAGCUCAACAAGGUGUACUCCCACUCCACCAUGAACCUCUCCUCCAUGACCAACGACGGUGGGACCCUGACGGUCCGAAAGUCUCCGAGCCGCUCUCACUCCCCGUCGAGACUGAUGUCCCCGGGCAGGAUGGCCACGCCCAAUGGAGAGAGGGACUGGGAGAACGCCUCCACCAUCUCCUCCCCUGCCUCCAUUCCGGAAUAUACUGGACCCAAGCUGUACAAGGAGCCUAGCUUCAAGUCCAACAAAUUCAUUAUCCACAACGCCAUCUCUCGCUGCUGCCUGGCCGGCAAGGUCAACGAACCGCAGAAAAACAAGAUAGUAGAGGAGAUGGAGAAGAGCACAGCCAACCACUUCCUGAUCCUGUUCAGAGACUCCAGUUGCCAGUUCCGGGCGGUGUACACCAUGAACCCCGAGACUGAGGAGAUGGUUCGGAUCACCGGCAUCGGGCCCCGCGUCAUCUGCCCCGCCAUGAUCGAGUCCAUCUACAAGUACAGCUCCGACCGCAAGCAGUUCACCGCCAUCCCGUCCAAAACCAUGUCCAUGAGUGUUGACGCCUUCACCAUCCCUGGUCACCUGUGGCAGAAACGCCCAGGGACCCCCAAAAAGCUAGGGACCCCCAAAUAGAGCCACCUGAGAGGGGUUGUGGACAUGCUGGCUCCGGGCCACUUCCUCCCCCUCCACACUCAAGCCCUUGCCCUUUCCUGGCAUUAUUUGAGGCCAGUCUUCUGUUUAUUGAGACUCAUUAGCGAGGUAGACCGCCACGGGCUUGCAAAUGCUCUGUCGGCCUAAGCGGGUCAGCUUUUUGUGUGGUACGUGUGUCAUGUGACAGGGCCCAGCCAGUCUCUACAGCCAUUCAUCCAGCACUGUCACCGCUGGCUGCAGCCUACAUUAGCCUAUGAUUGGCUACGCCUGAACUACCUAGAUUGUAAUAUAAUCAUGUUGUAAAAGGACCGCCCCUGACUCUUCCCGUCUCCCUUUUACCCUCCCAGCCUUCUCAUGCCACCCUGCCUUACCCCCCCCUUCCCCCACCCCCGACUCCCCCCAGCCACCCUAGCUCCCCCUCGUCUCCCCCCUUGGCUCCCCCCACACAGUCCUCCAUGUGACCUUAAGCACUUGGUGGUGAGAGCGAGAGGGGGGAACACUCAGACACUGCCACUGCUCAAACAACCAUACACGGGAGCAGAGUCAUUCUGGCUCUCUCUCUCUCUUCCUUUUUCUCUUUCUUACCUCUGCCUUUUCUCCAGGGCUCGUUCUCCUGUCUGCGGAGACGUGAGUCUUCUCUCUCCGACAGGGGAGCUCAGCUGAUAUCGGAGUGGUACUACUCUGUCACGAAUGUAGGGCAUACCCAAACCACCCGGCUCCUCCGGGUCUUCCUCUCUCCAUUGGUCAGUCAAGACGCUAGGUGGUUCUGAAGUAGGCGGAUCCAGCGAGGGCUCUCUCGCACUCUUGAGUGGCCGCCAUGCCUGUCUGUCAAGAGUGGCAAGUAGGACUUGGUUCUACCCAUGGAGAUAUUGGUUUGGAACCUCUGGAGACUGGUUGUCUCUCUUCCCCCCAUUAGAGGUGUGCUUCUCCGCACUGCUCCAACUUGACUUCGGCUGGAGACUUCUGGAUGUUUUUUGAUACUACUUUUGACAUUUGCUGAAUGACUUGCUUCAUCCUUUGCAGGCAGGAAGAAGACUGAACAUUUUCUGAGAUUUUCCCCCUCUACCUUGCUUUAGUUCCAAUUUCAGUAUGUGAUUAUGACUGAAAAUGUGACAAUAUCUUGAUCAAUGAAACUGGAAGAUGAAGGAGGGCUUUAUACUCUUGUUUAGCAUUACCUGGAUAUGUGUGUGAGAAAAGAUAAUCAAUGCUGAUUUAAUAUAUAUACGAAUGCUGUUUAAUGCUGAUUACUUUUGUUUUUGACAAUGAUUUGUACAAACAAGUUGACCUUUGUAAGCUAUGAAUAAGAUAGCCUGCUGCUUUAGCAUUAGUGAGUUGUGUGUGUGUGUGUGUGUGCUUGUUUGAGAAAGGGAGAGUGAGCGAAUGAGAGAGGAUGAGUAGAGAUAGUUGAGCAGGAAAGACUUGAUCUCUCCACAAUCGAGGAGAAAUAAAACCUGAAGUACACGGGGAAACAAAGUUGUGUUAUUUUGGAGAAUACACUAAUAUAACUGCCUGUUUUUGUGUGUGUCUGUGUGCGACUAUAAGUGUUGGUUGUAGAUGGAAUUUUCCGGACUGUAUCAGCCCUGGUUUCCUGCCCCCCUCGAUCUCGAACGGCUCCCCUCUCUAUGGGGGCUACCUACCUAGUCCGGUUAUGCUUUCAGACGAAACCAUUUGGUCCUAGUGAUGGGGUCAUGGUCAGUCACAACAGGAGAUGCUGUCAGUUUCAUUUGGAAUCACCCACACCUGAACUGAAGCUGGAUAACUGUCUUGAACCCUGCCGGUAUUUGAACUGCUCUCCCUUUGCCUUCCAUAGCACUAUAGCAGCUGGGUGGGUCAGCUGCCCUGUCAUGUCUGCCCCCCACACCUCAGACUGCUUCCUAGAUGUGUGGUUGUUUGAAUGAGGUCUCAUUGGAGAUGUGUUGUCUAGGAUAAUAGGCAAAGUGUGUGACAGGUGGAUGUGUGUGUGUAUAUAUGUGUAAAAGAUAGAAAAGGACGUGGUAGUUGAACUAUAACUGGAUUCGGUGCAAUUCUCCUGUAGAAGGUCCUAGGGGUCCAGGGGUGUAUUUAUUGAGGGCUAGAGGGCUCAUUUGAUGUUUAGUUUCAGAUUUUAUUAUUUAUGUGUUUUGGUUAAGGUGGUGAUUCACAUUCAUUUCACUGAAUUCAUGUUUAACAUGCAUUUGUUUUUCUUCUGUUUUGCUUUGUCGCCAUGUCUGGCUGCAGAACGUACCUGUUUGUCUUUGUUCAUGAUUACCAAUCUACCCCGGGCAACUGAAGACGAAUAAAAUCCUGUAAAGAUCA